UAUUAUUACUUGAUAAACAUCCAUCCCACAACAACAACCAAAUAUACACAACAUGAAGAUAUCAUUCUUCACUUUCAUCCUCAUCUCCACCUUCUCACUUUCCUCUAGCCAAUCUCCUGUCCUAGACACUAACCAAAUGCCACUCGUAACCGGCGUCUCCUACUACAUCGUGCCAGCCGUUAGCGGCAGGGGCGGUGGCGUAAAACUAUCCCCCACAACGCUAAACCAGACAUGCCCGCUAGACGUGGCGCAAGAAAACAACGAACGAUUAAACGGGCUACCAUUAAAUUUCCAACUAGCCAUCCCCAACCGAGGUGGUGUCAUUCGUGAUACCGCAGAUUUUAACAUUAGAUUCACGGGUGCGAGAACAUGUGGUAAGCCUGCGGUUUGGCGGAUUGAAGAGGUCAACGGGCAACGGGUUGUGUCGAGCCGUGGGACCUUAGGGAACCCGGGCAAAGAAACCUUAAGCAAUUGGUUUAAGUUUGAGAAGUAUGAUAAUGAUUACAAGAUUGUUUUCUGCCCUGGUGUGUGUAACACUUGUAGGCCAGCUUGUGGAACUAUUGGUACUACUAUUGCUAAAAAUGGACGUAGAAGUUUGCUUUUGAGUAAUGAUCCUCUUAAGGUCAAGUUCAUAAAGGCAUAGAAAUUAAUGGGUUGAUUAUCAAAGUCAUAAAUCUUAUAAUGUAAUCUUGAUAGUGGAUUUUAGAUCUUUAUCUUAUUGUCAAUAAAACGGGCGCGUACUUGAACCGAUCUCUAU